AUGUGGAUGGUGGGAUAUAAUGAAGGGAGUGACUUCAACAUGCCUGAUCAUGCAUUCAAUGGACGGAAGCUUAGGCCUUUAGUUCCAAGGCCACUGGCUUCACCUAUAGCACAUCAUGCUACUGAUUUCUUCACACAGUGUCACAAUCUGGCAUCAGUGGCAGAUCAAGGCAAGAGAGAGUUCAACAAUACUCCACCAGUUGUGGUGAGCACAAGGUGGAAUCCUACCCCAGAGCAGCUGAGAGCUCUUGAAGAGUUGUAUCGGAGAGGGACGAGAACGCCAUCAGCAGAACAAAUUCAGCAUAUCACAGCACAGCUUCGGAGGUUUGGGAAAAUUGAAGGGAAGAAUGUGUUCUAUUGGUUUCAGAAUCACAAAGCCAGAGAGAGGCAGAAACGACGCCGUCAAGUGGAAUCAGCUGCAGUAGAGGGACACCCCUACGAUCUUGAUGCUCUUGAAAAGAAAGACUUAGGCGCGAGUAGGACAGCGUUUGAAGUUGAACAGACUAGCAGGAACAACUGGGCACCCUCUACAAACUGCAGUGUUCCUCUUGCAGAGGAAUCUGUCUCAAUACAAAGGGCAGCAAAAGCAGCUGCAGCAGCGGCAGCAGUUGCAGAGAGUAGAACAGAUGGAUGGGUUCAAUUCCAUGAAGGAGAAUUACAACAAAGAAGAAACUUUAUGGAAAGGAAUGCCACGUGGCAGAUGUUACAGCCAUCUUCUUGUCCUCCCCCUACAGCUGCUGCUACCACUGCUCCCUCUACAACUAGCAUUAUUGCUACUAAUGCAGCCACAGUAAUGGACCCAAAGCUAGUAAAGAACCAUUGUAAUAUCAGCUUUUUCAUGUCUCCUCACACUGAAAACGGUGUUAUCCACCCAAACAGUAAUGGGAUUCUCAGGGAAGAUGAUCAUAACAACCAUGUGGAAUCCCAAACCCUUCAACUUUUCCCACUAAGGAGUGGAGGAGAUGGCUGCAAUAACAUUAACCAGAAAGAGACAGAGAUAUCAGUGUCCUCCGCCAUGGAUUCCAACUUGACUCCAAGCCAGUUCUUUGAGUUCCUUCCAUUGAAGAACUAA